AGAGUACAAAAAAUUUCUUUCAAUAAUUGACUGUACAACCGUGUGAUACAAGAACUACAAAUGGAGUCCGAAUCUUUUUAUGGUGUUACACUCAGCGAGAAAGACCCAAUCGCACAGUUCGAUGUACCCGAUAUUCCAGAGGAGUACGUCGUCCACUCACACAAAUUGAUAAUAAAACAGAUCUCCCUUGGAUCCGAAGCGAAGACGGGGGAAUUUAAUGUUGUACAGGCGGAGACAAACGUGAACGAUGAUGGUGAGAAAAAGACUGUGAAGAUUCCGAUAGCAGUUCUGAAGGUCGGUGAAACGCGCAGCCUGAGACCAAAUGUGGAGUUCCCAAAUGGAUCAGUCACUUUCAAACUGGUGCAGGGCACUGGGCCGGUCUAUGUCUGCGGCAAGGCCGAGAUGAACUUUGGCGAGUUCGACGACGGGCAGAUGUAUGAGGAGUACUCCGACGACGAAGAGGACAGCGAUGGGGACUUCGACGAGGACGCUGUGCCGCAGACAAACGGCAAGAGCAAAAUUACAAAGAAGUAAAGUAAUAAUAAACUAUCGAGUAAGCUAAAGAAAUGAUACAAAAGAAAAUAAAACAAAACAGAAAAGAAAA